GGUGACAAAAAUCGUGAGAAAAAGCCUCAAAAGUCAUUUCAAUUGCGUAGAGGGGAAAGAAAAGGAAGCGGUUAAAUGUGAUAUCCACAACUUUAGACGACGCAAUGUGUUACACAUUAGUGAGGGCCUUUUGUGACGAGAUUGAGGCUCAUUACGCUGGUUUUUAAAGCACAUCUUUUUGUGCUAAGCCGGAAGGAGGUGUAUUAUAACACGGUGAAAGAGACUAAACGAGGAGAAGAACGUUCAUGUCGUGAUAUCGUAUGCACAAAUUUUGGUGAUGAGACAGUGACAGUGCUGUUAUGAAUAAAAAAAACAGUGACAUGAGCAGUGAAAUGAGUAAAUUUGUGGACAAAUGGAAACAGUGAAUUAAUUGAAAAUGUUUCGAUGGGAAGUGCUCGGGGUGUUGUUGCUAUCGUGCACACAGAUAUUGACUGAACAUCGUGAAUAUUAUGUACCAUUCAACCAAUAUGGACAUCAGAGGCACAGCCAAAAUUGGGAUGGAGGGAGAAUGGUUAAAGAGGUUCGAGUUAAACAAGGAAGAAUCAGAGGAUACGUCGUGGAACCCAGUGCUAAUCCCCAACAGCUGGUGGACGUAUUUCUCGGUGUACCUUACGCUGAACCGCCGGUGGGGCUCUUUAGAUUCUCACCACCGCGUUCACCGCAGCCCUGGCGUGACGUCAGAAUUGCUAAGGAAUUUGCCCCUGUUUGCCCCCAAGUGCUGCCAGAUCUUCGGCUCGAAGUUAUGCCAGGUAGACAUGAGUACUUGGAGAGGCUUCUGCCGUACUUGAAGAAUCAGAGUGAGGAUUGCUUGUAUCUGAACAUCUAUGCGCCACAUCAAAGCGAUGGUCAAUCAAAUCCUCGGAGGUAUCCAGUGAUGGUUUUUAUUCACGGUGAGAGCUAUGAAUGGAACAGUGGAAAUUUCUACGACGGCACUUUGCUGUCGUCGUAUGGCAAUAUCGUAUUUGUCACUCUGAAUUUUCGGCUUGGAAUUUUAGGCUUUCUGCGGCCAGGGACCAGCGACGAAACAACAAGCAAUUUCGGUCUGAUGGACCACAUUGCCGCACUCGUGUGGUUAAGAGAAAAUAUUGCCAAAUUCGGAGGUGAUCCAGACAGUGUUACCCUGAUGGGUCACGGAACUGGAGCAACUCUCGUUAAUUUACUUCUGAUAAGUCCAGUGGCUACCAACCAGAAGAAAGAGGAAGGAGGAUUAUUUAAAAGAGCUAUACUCAUGUCUGGCUCCGCCCUCAGUGCUGAUGCUAUUGGUCAAGCACCGCUCCAGAUAACCAAACAGGUGGCGCAUGCGUUAAAUUGUCCGGUAAUUAGUGACACUGAUCUUGCAGCAUGCCUCAGAAAUCGCGACACUGACUCUCUAUUGAACGUGAAAAUUCAUAAACCAAAAUAUGUACCAGCUUUUGCUCCACUGAUCGAUAAUGCCGUAAUACCGAAGAAGCCUCUGAGGUUGAUGGAAAAUACUCAGCUAUUUGGCAGGUUUGACUUGAUGUACGGCGUUACGGAAUCGGAGAAGUUUCACAUUUUAUCACCGGUUGCCAUGCUGCAAGGAAUGUCUGACAGUGAGCGGGAUGAUGUGCUGCGGGAACACGCAAGGGCAACGUACGAGGUUGAGCAGGACCUCGUGCUCUCAAAAAUUCUUGAUCAUUACGGGAACGGCGACCUCGAUGGAUAUUCUGAGAAUUAUCGCAUGAUCAAUCGAGAUAUCGUGCUCGAUGCACUGUCUGAUAGCGGUACUGUUGCACCACUCGUUAUGAUGGCGAAGUUGCAUGCCAAAGCCAAUCCCAAGAGCUACAUGUAUGUCUUCUCACAUCCCAGGGCUAUGCCCAGCAAUUCCGGGGAUCGUGAGGAGCAUACGGUCCAUGGAGACGAGCUACCUUACAUCCUUGGAGUACCUCUGGAGAGUGAAAAGUAUCAUCCACGUGGUCGUUACAACAUCGGCGAAUCACUUCUCUCAGAGGCCAUGAUGACCUGGUGGUGUAACUUUGCAUAUACUGGCAAUCCCAAUGCACCUAGACGAACGAGGUACAUGACGGAUGGGCCAAAAGCAUGGAGGCAAUAUCAAGUUGAUUGGCCAGAGUAUAACGUUGAGAGUGGAAGACACUUGAAUUUGACAAUCCCCCCGAAAGUUGGCCGUAAAUAUCGUUCAAACGAGAUGGAGUUUUGGAAUACUGAGCUGCCGAGUGUAUUUCGACUGAAGCCGCAUGGCCCUCGACCCGAUAUACUGGAUCGUGCCGAUGGCAUUGGCAAGUACGCAAUUGUUAGCCCGUACGACUCACCCAAUAGCUACAAUAUGAAAUAUACAACUGUCGUACCGAACAAUCUUGAUAGGUACGGGUCAACGAACGAUGCGAAUGAUUCACGGGACAAGUUUCCUCACUCCAGCGCUCCCGGAAAUUCCAAACAAGAUAAAUCAUCGAGCGAUGAUGAAAGCCCAUUGAGAGGCUCAUCAGCAAUAACGAUGGUCAUUGGUUUUGGCAUUGUAUUUCUCUUAAUAAACAUCACGGCGUUCUUCUUCCUUUAUCACAGACGACAGGGUAUGAAGAGUAAAGAGGCAGCCUCUAAGAAUUCCAAGAGGCGGUUGAAUGGUCUCGAUGAUGGGGUUAAGAGGGCAAAGCCAGAUAAGCAUCAGGAGAAUCCCCCUGAAUUGGGGAGAAAGUGCGAUAGUAAACCGGAUAUCAGCGAAGUCAUUAAGAAUGACAAAGCAUACGACAACAGCUCGAAUUUUGGACGGAGAUCGAAACUCUCGCGGCAAAAUUCCAGCUCCACGAUCGAUACCCAUAUAAAAGUUAAAGAGUGGAUCCAGCAGGAGAUCGUCCACAGAUGCUCACCAAGGUUUUUACGCAAGACACGAGAGACUCUCCAGAAGGAGCACAAUGACAAGAUAACAAGGCAACAAGAAAUUGAAGAUGAACAACAGCGAAAACUCGAAGAGGAGUUAUUGAACAAAAAACCAGAGCCGAUAUACGAUGAGAGCCCUUUGAUUGUUAGGCCAGGCUGUAAGAAGACCAAAGGGCCUAAAGUUUCAGUGGCAAUCGAUGCAACCCCAGCGACGAGGACUGAAUCAAUUCUCAAUCAGAUACCGAUUGAGCUCGCCAAGAAUUUGGAAUCGUUCGACGAUCCUUACGAUAACAACUAUUCUGAUCCUCAAAUGACACCUCAAGUCGUUGUGAUAGAACAUCACCAUUCAAGAAGUGAUCCAUUGCCCAUGGAAACUGUUUUCAAAACAAUCAAACCCAAAUUCUCAACACUCUCACGCACCUACGAAUCGGAUUCAGGAAGUGCUAGUAGUUUAUACGCGAAAAUAAAUCCAAAAUUAAAAUGCCGACUUCCUCGAUUUAACCAGCCGGAAACUGCCGAAGAGGAGAUAUCGAACGAUACGUGCGAUGGAUCUGAAAUGCAAAGACCGAGUGAUGAGGAUAUCUAUGGGCGAGCUCCAAAGAUGACGACCUUUGGGGUACCUAAUGAGGACGUUAAUGUAACAUGUAAAGAGCCUACCGAGCGGGAGGUUAUCAGCCCGGAGGAGGCACUCAAGACGAUCAAACGUCGCAAUUAUCCGAAGGUCCUGCCAGAUAUCGAGAAGAGGCGAUCGUUACCCGCACCUAAUUUUCUCUAUGCAUCUAAAACCUCCGGGACUUCUCUAAAAGACCAUCGACAGGGACCGCAUCCUUCCUGCGCAAGUGGAUAUCCACCAGUGCCACCUCCGCGUAUUUUCGGGACAACGAAGAGUUUGGAUCUCCCCGAGGAAGACGAACCGGUUACGACUAAUCUGCACGUGGGACCUUUGCUGAAGAGACAAGACUCGAUAGGAAAGAGUCAGACGGACACGAGUAUCAUAGACUCAAUAGAACGAGUAGCAAUGACUGCUCAGGAAGUCUUAUCGAAUCAUCGUGAUGAAUACAUGGAGAUAAAUCUGAGUCCAAAGUGCCCGGUCCAUGGCAAAACGUUUAUAUUCCCUGAAGUACUUUCCACAUCGAGUGCCAGUCGUUCCGCCGAUAAUUUGGAUCGGACAAUCGGCAAUCCUCAUUGGUACGUACAACCCGACAAUGCGACAAAGGGCAUUGCAAACAAGUCAUUACCAGACGUCAGUAUCGGCAAUCCAAAUUGGUACAAAACCAUGAGAAAGCAGAAAGAGCCGAAUCCCUUUGCGCAGUACGGAAAUCCGGACGAUUCUCCACCGCAUCAAGCACAACUGAAUGAACCAAAAAUAGUAAUAACACCAAGAAGAGACAUUCCUGGACAUAAUCCGCCACCACCCCAGCUUAAUCUAAGCCCAUAUCCAAACAUUGCAGCACAGUCACAAGAAUUGUAUUUAGAUAACAUAUCUAGGUCAAAUGAGGAAUGCUACGGGCCUCAGUAUUUUGUGGAGUCCUUUGACGGUCCAUUGAGUCCUCGGGAUGAUUCGCGAGAUCCAACGAUCGUUAUCGCACCGUCGAGCAGUAUGAAGCAACCGAAGAUCAUAAUCAAACCAACAACCAAUGUCUCAAGAAAUCGCGAACGUAAUAUUCCCAAGGUAUCAGCUAUUCCCUACCCAGAAGUGCAGCAUUUACCGAAUAAUGAGAGAGAUACGAAGGGGGUGGAUGUUGGUAAAUCCAGUGAGAAGCCACCUAUUAAGAAGAAGCCAAAAGUCACGAGAAUACCGUCGUUCUCCAGGCGUAAAGAGGAACAGUGUACAUCAGACAAAACGAAUCCUGGGAUUUACCCGGAAAAGGUGGAAAUUGUUCAACGGGUUAAUGCAGCACCCGGUAAAGUUUGUAUUCCAGUGAACAAUGAUAAUAAAUCGUCUAUUCCGACUUUGACAAAAGGGUCUGUCACUGUGGAAUCUUCGAGCUGUACUGGAAAUUCGGAUUCUAAUACUAAUACUGUUAAGCGAAAGCCAGUGGAUAAAAAGUGAAUCGCGCAAUAGUGUUUAACGGACGAGUAUUAAUUGUAAUGGAUAUUUUUUAUCUGACGUUUAUACGAUCUUCAGUGUAAGUAUUUUCUACGUCGGUGUGGAGGUUUUCCAUGUGGGCCUAAAUAUUAGUUGGAGGUGUGUACAUAAUGAGUGUUUGAGAGCAUAAUGACUUUGCGGGUGAAUUAAAAGUUUGACAUUUUUGGAAGGGUUGGUUAAUUAGUUUUUGGAUAUUUAUUUUGAACACGUCUGAACAUGCUGGUCGUUCAUUAAAUGUGAAUUAGGGGAGUGUAAUUUGGGGAGGAAAGAGAGAAAACUCAAUGUAAUGUAAGAAGUGGUAAAAGUGAAAUAUUUCAUUCGUAACUUUGUUUGUCUGUAGCCAACAAGAUGAGAAAUAAGUACUCUGUAGAGUUAUUAAAAGGAAAUUGUUUCUGCUUCCGAAUAACUGCAAUUAAAUUUUUAAUUUUUAA